AUGGAUCCUAAUACUAAACUUCUACAAAAACAGGGGGAGCCUAUGUCAAAUCCCGAGAAAUAUAGAAGACUAGUUGGAAAAUUAAAUUAUCUUACAGUUACUCGUCCAGAUAUUUCCUUUGCAGUUAGUGUGGUAAGCCAAUUCCUUAAUUCCACAUGUGAAGAUCAUUGGAAUGUAGGAUCUCCUUCUGAUAGAAGAUCUACAUCCGGAUAUUGUGUCUCCAUUGGUGGUAACUUGAUCUCUUGGAAAAGCAAGAAACAGUGUGUUGUGGCAAGAUCUAGUGCAGAAGCAAAAUAUAGAGUUAUGACUUUAGCCACUUGUGAACUUGUUUGGCUUAAGCAAUUGCUUAAAGAUUUACAAUUUAGAGAUGUCACGUAA